GAAAAGGCGAAACCAGCCGGCCCAAUGGCAGCGUCCCGGAAUGUAGGCUCCGCCUCUCGGCGGACAGACCGCUCCGCACGGGAAGGAACGGCAGCGCUUCAAGAUGCGCUGCCUGACCACACCCAUGCUACUUCGGGCCCUGGCCCAGGCUGCACGUGCAGGGCAUCCCAGUGGCCGAAGCCUCCACAGCAGCGCGGUUGCAGCCACCUACAAAUAUGUGAACAUGCGGGAGCCCUCGAUGGAUAUGAAGUCAGUGACCGACCGGGCAGCUCAGACCCUGCUGUGGACUGAGCUCAUCCGAGGCCUGGGCAUGACCCUGAGCUACCUGUUCCGGGAGCCAGCCACCAUCAACUACCCAGCCCCCGGGGAACCAGUCCCCCGGGGAUGGGAAUCCUGUGCCCAGGGGCUAUCGUGGCUGGCAGGUGACAGUACCCUGCCCGCCUCCCAGGCCAUCACCAUCGAGGCUGAGCCACGGGCCGAUGGCAGCCGCCGGACCACGCGCUAUGACAUCGACAUGACCAAGUGCAUCUACUGCGGCUUCUGCCAGGAGGCCUGCCCCGUGGAUGCCAUCGUUGAGGGCCCCAACUUCGAGUUCUCCACGGAGACGCACGAGGAACUGCUGUACAACAAGGAGAAGCUGCUGAACAACGGGGACAAGUGGGAGGCUGAGAUCGCUGCCAACAUCCAGGCUGACUACCUCUACCGCUGACUUGCCCGGCCAGCCGGCCCGUGGCCCCUCCUGCCCAAUAAAGAAGCUCUGAUGCCCCCAC